AUGUCCUUACCAAAAACUAUGAAAGCUGUCGUCAUUGAAGGCGACAAAGCCGUUAUCAAAUCAGACGUCCCUCUACCAGAAUUAGAAGAUGGUUUCGUCUUAGUCAAACCAGAAGCCAUUGCUGGUAAUCCUACCGAUUGGAAACAUAUCCAAUGGAAAAUUGGACCACAAGGUUCCAUCGUUGGUUGUGAUGUCGCUGGUAAGAUUGUCAAAUUAGGUCCUAACGUUGAUUCCAACGAAUUCCACAUUGGUGAUUCUGUCUAUGGGUUUGUUCAUGGUUCAUCUGUGAGAUUCCCUACUAAUGGUGCGUUUGCUGAAUACGUAGGGAUGGAUUCUAAGAUCGCUUAUAAGGCUCCAAAGGAUAUGACAGUUACAGGGUUGGAUAAUGUCCCAGAAGGACCCGUUAAAAGUUUCGAAGGCGCUGUCUCUUUACCAGUUUCUUUGACUACUGCUGGUGUCGCAUUGACUUAUAAUUUGGGUUUGAAAUUGGAUUGGGAAGCUUCUAAACCUCAAAAUGACUAUCCAAUUUUGUUUUGGGGUGGUGCUACCGCUGUAGGUCAAAUGUUCAUUCAAUUAGCUAAGAAAUUGAAUGGGUACUCCAAAAUUAUUGUCGUGGCUUCUAAGAAGCAUGAAAAGGUCUUGAAGAGUUAUGGUGCUGAUGAACUUUUCGAUUAUCAUGAUGAAGAUGUCAUUGAACAAAUUACUAAGAAAUAUAAUAAUAUUCAACAAUUAGUGGAUUGUGUUUCUAACCCAACUACUAUCCAACAAACUUACAAAUGUGCCGCUAAGGAUGCUCCUGCUACGGUCUUGCAAUUAGUUACAUUAACUGAAAAAGAUAUCAAAGAAGAAGAUAGAAGACCAAACGUUAAGAUUGAAGGUACUUUAUUAUAUAUGGCUGGUGGUAACGCAGUUCCGUUCGGUUCAAUGACUCUUCCAGCUUCUCCAGAAUAUAGACAAGCUGCCAUCGAUUUCAUUAGAUUCAUCAAUCCAAAAUUAAACAACGGUGAAAUUCAUCAUAUCCCAAUUAAGGUUUAUAAGAAUGGUUUAGAAGGUGCCAUUCAAUUGACUGAUGAUAUUAAACAUGAUAGAAAUUCUGGUGAAAAAUUAGUUGCUACAUUCAAGAAUUAA